UAGUGCACAGAUACCGGUUCUCUCUCUCUCCCUCUCUCUCUCUCUCUUUCUGUUUGAUUUGGGGGAAGUGCUUAGUCAACCCAAAAGGCUUUAAAAACAACAGGGGUUUACUGGCUGUUUAUGUGGGUCACAGGACAGAGAGACAACAGAGGUACAUUCAGUCCGGCCAGUCAGGGAGGGACAAUGCGCUCUCUCUCGUCGCUGUGGCUGUACGCGGCCCUGCCAGGUCUGCUGUGGGCCUCACAUGUCAGUGUGCUGGUGGAGGGGGACAAUGACCCCUCCAGGAUCUGCAAACCCGCCCCCCACUGGACGAUAAAGGGACGUGCACCCAUGCAAGAGCUGCUGGGAAAUGUGGUUGUGGUGGCGCUACUGAAGGCCAGCUGACACUUCUGUCUCACUCAGGCCUCCAACAUUGGAGGCCUGCGUGACAGGCUGAACCGCAGCAACCUGACGGAGGUGUCUUUUAUGAUAGUAAAUGAGCGUGAGGCUCAGUCCAGAGCCAUGUACUGGGAGCUGAAGAGACGAGCGCCCCCUGGUGUUCCUGUGUACCAGCAGGCUCCCCUUCAAAAUGACGUGUGGGAGGCUCUGGAUGGUGACAAAGAUGACUUCCUGGUCUAUGAUAGGUGUGGCCUGCUCACCUUCCAUAUAGUGCUGCCUUACAGUUUCCUGCAUUACCCCUACGUAGAGGCUGCAGUCAGAGCCACUUAUGAUAAAAAAAUCUGCAAUUGCUCUGCUAAUUCUACUUUAUCAAGUGGCAAGAACAGCACCAUGAAGACAAUGCAGUUUAAUGUCAACCAGACAACUACAAUACCCACAAUUCAACUGGACACUGAUGAUCCAGAGGACACAGCUCCUGCGGCGGCUCAUCCCCACAGCCAUCAUCAUCCUCAUCAUCACUUCCACCAUCAUACCAGUUACCAGAACCAGUCCCAACAUCAGCAUGAUACUAGUCAGAAUAAAACUCAGAAUCGUCACCACCACCAUCCUCAGCAUCAUCACCCCCAUCAUCAUCAUCAUCAGUAGCAGCCUGGCAACCACAGUCAUCAUGGUGGGAUGGACAUGGAUAAUUAGGAUGCCAGUUUAAUUACUGGUGUUUUUACUUGCUUCUUUCUUCUUUAGAUAGUUAUGAUGGGUUUACUUAGUAUUUUACUUCUGGUGAAAUAUUUUUACUUUGAUGGCAGAACUGAGGGAAACAGCGAUUCACUGAGCAGUUGAAUCUGUACGAGCAGUAAUCAGAUUGUGGUUUCUCUGCUAGCAUCUUCACACCUCACCUCACUCCCCUGUGUGGAUGAAGUCGUCAGUCCUACUCUGUCCUCUCCCAUUAAUGAAGUCUGUGGUAUAAAACCUGCCUGCAGGAGGCUGUAGAUAGAUGUGUGUGGAGAGAUUGGAUGGACUGACGGUUAUUUUCACUCAAACAGAGUCAGAGGAUGUUGUACACUGCUGCUGAGAAGACCUCAGUCAGAUUACUGUCCAGACAUUUUCCUUUCUGCCCGUGUCAAUCCCGUCUCAUGCAGGAUCUGGUAGUGAUAUGCUGUGCUACUAUAAUAAUAACAAUAACAACAACAAUAAUAAUAAUAACAAUAAUAAUUUUAUUUAUAUAGCACUUUUUAAAACACACAGUUACAAAGUGUUUCACAUAUAGAAUAAAAUACACACAUACAAAUACAAGUAUACAUACAUACAACCAUACAUACACAUACAUAUGCAUGAUACUACAUUACUAUGUACAUACAACAAGAGUUUCAAGUGCUGUCCUUUAUUCAUUUGAAUGUGUACAAGCAUUUUGGGAAGUGGUGUAAUAAAUUAGAUUAGUAUACUAAUCCAAUUAAAUCUUUAGAUAUUAUGAAUCACACCAGCAAACGUACAUUUCUCUAUUUAAUCAAUUUUGCAUAUUUGCUGUAGAUUUGAAACUUUACUUCCGAUUAAUUACCUGAAUGUAGAGUUCACUUUUUGCUUGUUGUUCUCCAUUAAAAAGAAAAUACAUUUGA